AUGAAUCCUUUUGAGUCCAUAAAGGGUGGGUAUGUAGAUCCAUCUGUACUAUCGUAUUUUUCGCUGGUACAAAAGAAAGACGUCAACACGCGCUGCAAAGCACUGCUGCGCAUUGUUAGCGACCUAGAAAAGCUUCCGGUAGACUCUGUGGCCCAGUGUCUGUAUGACACCAUGCCCAUACUCUGUAGGUCUGCACAAGAGCCAAUAGCCACCUACAUCUCUGAGAUAUUCCUGCACGUUCUGAAAAAAAGCAUAGAAGACAGAAGAGUAAGCAGCAUAUGCCACUGGGUGGGCAUGUUCCUCGCGCGCCCGAACAAGACAGGAUACAAAGUAGUCAAAACUUUGAGCAAAAACGGUCUGCUAAGAGAAACGCUUGCAGCAUACAACAGAACAGCUGAUCUAGAGCUGUACAUAAAAAGCAAAAUGGUCGAGCUGGCUUUUGAAGAGAAUGUGGACGUAUGUGUAGAGAAAAUAAAAAAAGUAAAAACAAAGAGCGAGAUGGAUAUGCUUUCCAAGCUGCUCUCUGUCCUAGAAGAAAAGAAACAGCUGAGCGCAGAAAUACGCGAGGCUGCGCUGUCAACUGCCAAGAGUCAGACCGUAGACAUAGAGAGCAAGUGGAAGCUGUUUGCUGUUCUUACGACUGGAUACACAGUUGAAGAAUUGAUAGAAGAUAGCGCAAAAAUAGAUGAUGCAACUUUUUCAUCCAUUGUGUGCUCUAAGCACUUUGAGAAGAUAGUUGCUGAAUACGGUGCUGCAUCUUUCAUCCAAAACUGUGCCCACCUCCCGGGAAUUCUCUUCCCAGCUCUUUUACGCAUAGUAAAGGAGAGAAAAACCGUCCUCAAGAAACUUCUGCAGAGUAAUACCACAGGCUUUGAGCACAUAGAGCUGGAGAUAGAAGAUUUCCCGUAUGCCAACACGAUAGGCUGCUACAACCGGGUGAAUGAAGUUCUGCAGAAAGCUCCCAUUCACGAUACAAAGGUCUAUGCAGAGCUGACAUCGAAGGAAAAGAUUAUCCGGGCAGACAUUUUGGGAGAAAAAAUAGAGAACAUUAGCCCAGAGGUCACUUCGCAGAUAAGCAUCAGCUUUCUCAGAAGAGAAAAAAUAUUCGAGGAAGGCGUCAGAGUGCUUCCUGUUUCGUUCUUUAGAAACGAGGACGAAAGCUUUACGCAGGAGGAGCACAUAUACGUUGCAGCACAGCACCCGCAGCUUGCCUCAGAAAAAACAAUCGAUCUGAUCUUCGUGCACAAACUUUUCAUUGUGAAGAUACUGAGCAGUCUUUCAGACGACUUGAUGGCAUAUCUUAUGAAGCGAAUAGGGAGCGAGCCUGCUGAUGUCGUGCACGAGGUGUAUGAGCUUAUAAGAGAACACAUCGACACAAAGUACGAGUUUAAGCUGCUGGGAAAGAUCUAUACAGGCAGAAACUACAGAAAGGAGCACUUUAAAAGAAAACUUGUGCUUACUGAGGAUGUAGAAGAAAGCUAUCUUGUCUACCUCAUUGAAAGAGAAGCAGUUGAUGAAGAGAGCGUGUUCAAACAUAUUGUGCAAGACGCCAACAAGAGUGCCACAGGUACACAGGAUGUAACAGAUGCAUACAUAGAACUCUGCGAAAUCAUAGAAAAUAAAGAAGCAACUCAGGCAGCAUCUAAGUAUGUAUUUGGGAAUGCUUACUCAAAAUGGAAAAAAGUCCUUGAGUCUCUCGCAGAUAAAAAUCUAUCCACGCUGCUAAAAGAUAUUCUGUGCAUAGAAAGUGCCCUGCCAAGUUUGGCAGAUGCUUCCCUGCCUGAGUGGAUUCUCACACAGGGAUUGGUAGGGAAGAUCGCAGAAGGAAUGCUCUUUUGGAAAGAUAUUUACAGCAAAAGAAUGCCUUGUGUUCUAUCUGCUCUUAUGGAAAAAAAGGCAAUAGACGAGGGACCAGCUGAAAAUAACGCAGGAGUUUUGCUUAAAGAAAUGAUUAUAAAGAUGUAUGUAGAUGUACUAGCCAAUACUCCAAUUGAGGAAAGUGCGCUUAAAAACCUAUCUAAAUUAUCUGUUGAAAAGCUGCCAAAGGAGGACAGAGCUGUUCUAGCAUAUAUGCUCCUAAAGAUACAGAAAAGCACAAAACAGUCUCUACUGUCUAUCUCACUCAAAGAUGCACAUGCCUUGCACAGUAGAGUCCUCUCUCUGGUCAUACAGGACAGUGCAGACUUGCAAGACAUAGAAGAUCUAGACUUUACACAUCUCAGCAAAGAGAGCAUUUCCCACAUACAGACACAUCUAGAGAGCUCCCCAGAGAAGGCUGCGGUGUGCAUUAAAAGCGACUCUGUCUGGGAGAUGGGAAGUAACAUGCACAGACAGGAGAUGUACACUCCUGUUUUAAAAGCCAUUGCAAAACACUAUGCAAGCUCCAUCCUCAACGUGUAUAGUAUGUCAAAGGUGGAAGAAGAUGCAAUCGACUCUGAAGUCUUCUACAUGCUCUUUGACAUACCGGCAAUAAAAGACAUAAAGAACAUGACCACAUACGAGUGGAGGCUCUUUCUUACAAUCUGCAGCGAAGUUCGAAGCAUUGAAAUCCGCUCUUUGAUUUCGGCAAUGGUAAGGGCAGAGUGCAAGUGGCUUGCAUUCCUGAUAUCAAGCGAAACAAAGGCCCUAGACCUUCUUGGCCUCUUCGCAAAGAACUUCCCUGUUCUUGCGCGAAUAUUCUUUAAAAGCAGCAGAAAUGCCAGACAGCUGCAGAAAUACUUUAUUGCACAGGUGACCCCGCAGCUCAUUAGGGAAGAGGCCAGCCGUCCGCUGCAGGGCGUUAAGAUUAAAGUGAAAACCAUUGCAGAAACACACAUAGUUGUGGCAAUGUACAAGAUAGAAGAGUCUGAGCUGGAGGUAAACAUCAACUUCCCAAAGGACUAUCCCCUUAGUACACCAGAAGUAAAAGUUGUCCGAUGUGUGGGAGUUAAGAAACAGAGGCUGCAAAGGCUUCUUCUGCGAAUACAAAUGAUAAUGGCUGAACACUGCAGAAUUGGAGAGGCUCUCGCUCUCUGGAAGAUGGCACUUGAUAAGGCAGUGGAUGAGAUAGAGGAGUGCGGAAUCUGUUUCUUUAUGGUUGACGAGGCAACAAAGAACUUCCCAGAUGCAAGCUGCUCAAAGUGCAGCAACCAGUUCCACGGAAUGUGUCUUAAAAAGUGGCUGGAGAGAAGCAAGAACUUGUGCCCCAUCUGCAGAGAAGAGAUCAAAUCGUAA